CAUAUCUCAUCACGGUAGUCGCCUAGUCGGAACUCGUCAGAAAGAAGUCACAAGCUAUAACUUGCCUCCGUCUGUUCAGCUCUGUCUUCCUUCAGUUUCUUUCAACCGUUCUUCAAAAUUUUCUCGGCGUCCAAACUGCUUACUGCGAACCUCAAUUUCUUUCCUAUCCAUCUCUAGCUGAGUAGCUGUAUACAGAUGUUAGAGGAGAGCACAAUACAAACGAAGAAUUGAAUUGGAUAGUAGUACUAGUAUUACUAUCUGUGUAGUAGUUCACUUCACUUCACCAUCUCCCCCCGCGAUUCUCAUUUCAACUUUCCCGCGAUCAAUGACGCUCGGAUGAAGCCUCCAUUCUGAGUCUUCAAUGGGUGUCUCGUUUAAGGUCUCGAGGAAAGGUUCUAGGUUCCGUCCCAAGCCUGUGAUUCAGCCAGAAGAAGUUGCUCUUAAUAAGGCAUCAGGAAAUUCCAAGGAGGCCUCGCUGAUUGGCGCCCGAAAUCCGUCGUCAAAGAGAAGGAUUGUGGACACUAAGGAUGUAGCUGGCAUCUCAAGUACACCGAUCUCUGAGGAUGAAGUUGCCUUCACGUUGGACCUCUAUCCAGAUGGAUAUUCCAUUGGAAAAGCCCCAGAGAAUGAUGCUGCGCGCAGGCGUCCCCUUCAAGAUGCUUCAAAAGUGCUGCACCCAUAUGAUAGGGCCUCUGAAACUAUAUUCUCGGCAAUUGAGUCUGGCCGGUUGCCUGGAGAUAUUCUGGAUGAUAUACCAUGCAAGUACACCAAUGGAACUCUUGUAUGUGAGGUGCGAGAUUAUCGAAGCUGUGCUACUGAGCAAGGUUCUGGUAUGCCAUCUCUCAGCGGAGCUCCUACUAUGAAUAAAGUGCGCCUUAAGAUGUCAUUGGAAAAUGUGGUGAAGGAUAUCCCGCUGAUUUCAGAUAACUCCUGGAACUACGGUGAUCUGAUGGAAGUUGAAUCCAGGAUAGUGAAGGCUUUGCAGCCGAUACUUUCGCUUGAUCCCACACCUGAACUGGAUAGGCUCUCUGCCAGCCCUCUUCCCUCCCGACUAAAUUUAAAUCUGAGUAGCCUGCUGAAGAAACGGUUGAGGCAGAUCGCAAAUGUAACUGUGAUGUCUACAAACAGGCUCCAUGGGAAGAAAGUUUGCAUAGAUCGAGUCCCAGAAAGCUCCAACAGCAGAUUUGCCGAGUCAGGUCAUAUGAUGCAGCAGCAUCAUGUCAAUGAAAAUCUGACUGCUUCAAAUCUCGGUACAAGCAGCAUGCUAGGUGUGGGGGCAAGGAGCUUUCAAGAUGGCAAUGUUCAAGCAAUACCUUUAGUUUCUCAACAACAAAGGUAUCAAGCUGCAGCUGGAAAUGCUAGGGGCAUUCAGGAUCACGGCUCAGCAGGGUCUCUUGUAAAUAUUUCUGCAUCUUCCCCUGGCGGGCAAGAGAUGAUGGUCACUUAUGGUGACAAUAUGAAUGCCGGCGCUUCACUGCAUGGUAAAAGAGAGAAUCCAGAUGGACAACAAACACCACAAUUACCAUAUUUUAACAAGAGAUCAAGGAUGAAUUCUAUAGGUCCCAAUGGGAUACAACCGACACAAACGGAUAACCUCCAAACAUCUGAUAUGAGCUGGAGGACCUCGUUUCUUCAGCAGCAAGUAAUGGCUAGAGGAAUGCAGUACGCUAAUCAUGUCGGGAUCCAAAAGUACCCACAAAUGUUUGAAGGGGUCAUCAAUCAGAGAUUCGGUGUGAAGGAAGAGCAGUUUGAUCCUGACAAGCUGGAUAGAGGACUAGAGCACAGUCAGGGUAAUAAGAGUGAUAUGCAGAUGGAAAGACUGCCCCAGCAUAUGAUGAGACCGAAUUUCCCUCCGGCAACAGCAUGGAGCAAUUUCAGCCAAGAGACAAGGAAGGAGGACCAGCAGGUUCCAAAGAGGAAAUCUGCACAAAGUCCUCAUGUGUCUGCAGGUGCUUUGGCUCAGUCUCCAUUAUCAUCGAGAUCUGGGGAAUUCUCAAGUAACUCAGUUGGGCCUCACAUUGGAGCAGUUUCUGCAGCGACUGCUGCUCUUGGUUCGUCGCAAAAGGAUAAGUCGGUAGUUACCUCCACUCCUGGGAGGACGGCUUCUUUGAAUUCCAGCGGUAAUGACUCCUUGACACGUCUGCAUCAGCAGCCUGCUCAAGUUGUGAGCAAAAGGAGGUCAAAUUCUGUACCCAGGACCACUGUUGCUAUGAGUGGAGUCGCCUCACCUGCAAGCGUUGGCAACAUGAACGCGGCUAGUCCUAUGGUUGGAGCAGCACAGAUGGCUGAUCAAGUCGUUCUCGAAAGAUUUGCAAAGCUUGAGAUGGUGGCUUCAAGGCAUAAGCUGCACUGUAAAAAGAACAAAGUGGAUGACUACCCAAGGAAACAAAAAACAUGUAAUACUCAGCUUCUUGGGGCUUGCCUAUCAAAUCCAUCCAAUAACGAGGAUUUCAAAGAUGACUCUGAAGAAAAGCAAUUAUCAAAUUCACUUGUUGGUGGCAGCAGGAAUGCUCCCAAGAUGAGAGUUAUGAAUUUUAUGCUAGGUGAACGGGUGCUUCAAGGAAAUGUUGUUGCUUAUGUCCCAAAAGCACGUGCUAGAAUGGUCCUGAUGGAGAAGUUGAAUGAUGGUACUGUGGCUAUGCAUUAUGGAGACCUGGAUGAUGGCGAUAUUCUCUCUGCUGAUGAGUAUCUUCCCACCUUACCUAAUACGCAUCACGCCGAUUUGCUUGCAAAACAAUUCUGUACAUUGAUGAGCCGUGAUGGCUAUCUCGUGGAGAAUCACAUUGAACAAAAACCAACAAGGAUGAUGAAUAUUCAGUAGUAGUCAACCGCCAGUUCUGACUGGCAACAAUUCCACGCUGGAGAUGCAGCACCACCAACAACAAUAAAAUGAAGCUAUCGCU